AUGAAGUUACUUUGCUGCGGUAAAGGUGAUCGGAAUGAUGAGGAAGAUCAUCCCCCGCGCCCUGCUCGCGUCCCCGAUAAGGUACCUCCAGUAAAGGCUGCUAAUUCAAGCGUAAAGACCACGGUAGCCGAAGAGAAGCCCGAAAACCCCGAUCUUUGGAAAGAGGCAUUCGACAGAUCAGACUCGAGAAAAAUACACCGAGUGGCAGAAGGUGGCCUCAAAGGGAAACGCAAGAACGGAGAUGAUAUCAAUAUACGCGAUGGAGCAGAGAAGAUUCUCAACGCGGCCUUGCAGGCUCGAGAUCUCAUCGCCAAAAUUGUAGCCUUUGACCCAACUGGGAAGGCAUCAGCUGCGUGGGCGGACGUGUCCCUCGGUUUGACGAUGGUUUCAACCAACAUCGAGCGGAGAGAUGCAAUGUUUGCAUCUUCAGAGUAUCUAGCCGAAAAUCUUGCCUAUUACGCUCUGGUUGAUACGCAUUAUCGCAAUCGCAAGGUAGAUGGAGGUCAGAACUUUGAUCGCGCUCUCGUUCAGGUGUAUACGGCCAUCCUCGAUUAUACAGCCGAAGCGACCAAAGUUCAACAAAAGAAUACCUUUGGUCGUAUCGUGAGGAGUGUCAAAGGAAUCGACGAGCAGCAUCUCACUCAAUUGAAAGCAACGAUUGAGUCGCAACACCUCGAUGCAAAUAAAUGGGUUGACUUUGUCAAUACACUCCGUGACCGUGCGCGAGCGCAAAAGAUCCUUGACGAUGUGGAUGAAAUCCUCGCCUUAUCGAAAAAGGUCUACUCGAAGAUUUUGAAUGACGAAGAGAACACUGGUACCUGGCUUCUUGAUUCGCAGGAGUACAAGGACUGGAAAGCCUUCCCUGGAAGUGUGCUCUGGCUCCACGGAGUUGUCGGUUGUGGUAAAUCUGUCCUCUGUUCUACGGUCAUCAAAGACAUCGAAGAGCUCUGUAAAAAAGACUCAUCCAAGUCGCUGGGUUAUUGGUAUUUUGAAGGCACCCAGCAUGACUCUCAGAGUGAUGUAGUUUCGGACAUCCAAAGUGAUUUCUUUGUGGUGCUGGAUGCCUUGGACGAAUACCCGAUGAAUGGAAAGGAGAGGCCACACCUUUUUUCUCUCUUGAUUGACCUUUCUGAGGCCCACAAAAAGAACAUUCAUAUUCUGGCUACGGGCCGACCGGAGCAGGAUAUCAAGAGAGCAAUGGAACAUUUCCCGUCAAUUAAUUUGGAAGAAAAGCUAGCGAAGGACGUGGAAACUUUUGUCCAUGCAGCACUUGAGGAAGAAGAGCUGCGAGACACAGGUAAAGACAUCAAAUUCGACAUUGUUGAUGCAUUAUUGAAUAAUGGAGAGCGGCGGUUUUGA